UUUGAAGAUCAAGAUGGCAGCCUCCGUGUGUCGGUGCUACGAGGUUAGACCAUUCAUGUCCUUCAUUACAGUUCUUUAGUCUCUAGCAGAUCAUUUAGUGAAGGGAGUAGACAUAUUCAGCUUGUAGUUAGUCUGUCAACGUCUAGUCACGUGAAGGGGAUUUUGUAGGUUGUUUUUUUAUGUGUAAAAUCGCGAGAUGUCCGUUAGAAAAGGCCUUGCUGCAUCAGACUAACGACAGGGUUUUUAAUGUUCUUGUUCACCUAUCAACGUCUAAAGUUAACUUAUUGUUUUAGGUUUGUUUGGGGGCUUAAAACCGGUAACAUUUAAUUAACAAGUGAGCCGUUUAGACGCGUACAUGUAGCCUGGUACUAACUCAGUUAUGAAACCUAACAGGCGUAAUAUCCCCAUUAAUCAUGGUGGUACAAUCACUUGUUUAAGUAUAGUUAUUAUACCAAGUUAUGUGACCUGGCAAGGAAUUUCAGCUUUGUAAAUGGUUUUAUCAAACUUGCGUAUCACUACUGUUACUCAACAUGGUGCUCCUUUAGUCUCAACGUAGGUUGGGUCAGCGAGCCAGCACAUUCCACCAAAAAGGGACUUUAUUGGCUGUGAACAAACUUAAAUAAUAUUGAAACAAACAGUUGAAUACUGGAAUUAAUCAUAAAUGUAACUAUACCAACAACUGGUGAACCUUAAAGAAUAACUCGCAAGCAUCAGGGAACACCAGGUCUGGGUUGUGAAAGAGUAAACAGAUCAAUGUUUUCUCCUCCUAGUUAUAAGAGCACCGAGUUCACCUGUGUCAAGUUGACUCCACACAGCACAGGUUAGCCUGUGGCUCCUCCCACAGCUCAUCAGGGUCAUGGCAGAGAUAGAAGACAGUCAACAAUAAUAUAAUAUAUUAGUAUAGCACGCCCACUACCCAUGCAAAUACAGACAGGUGACACAUUUUAUUAAACUCAUCUAUUUAAAUCUGCUUUUAACCUGCAGAGCUAGUUAUGUAUGGUUUUGUGGUGUUCCUUACUGUUAUGUCAUCUCUUCUGUUCAUAUUGUAAUUGCGCCUAUUGUUUCUGUUUUUUACCAUGUAAAGUGUCUUUGAGUACCUUUUUUAAAGCGCUAUAUAAAUAAAAUGUAUUAUUAUUAUUAACCUGGCGAAGGUGUCCAGGUGUGUGUAAAUAUUGCCCAGAUUGAGCCAAGACUCAAUUACCACCCUGCAAACGACCAAAACAAAUAGUGAAUGGGGUUCUUACAAGUAGCAACAUGACUCCUCUCUUCCUGCCAUUUACCUAUUGUAUAUUCUUGCUCGUUGCUGAGGGGGAAGGACUGCUUAGUAUCUCAUUAACCACCUGUCACUCAUUCUCCAUCCACUGCAGUGUUGGCGGAGUUGAUGUGUUUUGUUUUUGUACUAACCGUUUCUCUCCAUUGCAGCUGGUUGGCAGACGUGCCUUGAGCCUCUGCUCCCGGCCUGCUGUCUCUUCAGUGUGGAGAGGAGAUGCCUAUACGUUACAUAGGAGCCCAGCUGCAACUGUGCAGGUGCGAUAUGCUUCGGGACGUAAAGGUUUCUUCGGAGAGUUUGUGGAUAACCUGCGGCAGGAAUUCGGUAAGAAUCAGGAGAUGAAAGAGAACAUAAAGAAGUUCAGAGAAGAGGCCAAGAGGCUUGAGGAGUCUGAUGCUCUCCAACAAGCACGCAGGAAAUAUAAAUCUAUAGAGUCCGAGUCCGUGAAGACUUCAGAGGUGUUUAAGAAGACCUUCGGCUCCUUGUCAGAGACCGUCAAGGAGGGUCUUGAGGAGGUGAGUCGUACUGACAUCGGGAAGAAGAUCAAGGAAAGUGUGGAGGAGGCUGCCAAGACGGCCAUGCACUCCGCUGAGUCCGUCUCCAAAGGAGGAGAGAAACUGGGCAGAACCGGCGCAUUCAGGGCCAUCUCACAGGGUGUGGAGACCAUGAAGAAGGAGAUAGAAGUUGGGGAUGCCGGCCCUUACAGAGCUCCCUCGCAGCUAAGGAAGAGAAGCGAUUUCUCCUCCAAAGGAGCCGACAGCGACUCCAGAGUGUUCGAGGCCGAUGAAGAGGCUAUGGGUGUCGUUCUCCACAAGGAUUCAAAGUGGUACCAGCAGUGGAAGGAAUUCAAGGACGAUAACGUAGUUUUUAAUAGAUUCUUUGAGAUGAAGAUGAAGUAUGAUGAAAGUGACAAUGCUCUUGUCAGAGCAUCCAGAGCUAUGACUGACACCGUCACUGGCUUCCUGGGUGGUCUUUUUUCUAAAACGGAGAUGUCCGAGGUGCUGACACAGAUCGUGAAGGCAGACCCCACCUUUGACAAAGACUCUUUCCUCAAACAGUGUGAGAAAGACAUCAUCCCGAACAUCCUGGAGGCGAUGAUCCGUGGAGAGCUGGACGUAUUGAAAGACUGGUGCUAUGAAGCUACGUACAGUCAGCUGGCUCACCCCAUCCAGCAGGCCAGAGCGCUGGGGCUGCUCUUCCAGUCCAAAAUCCUGGACAUUGACAACAUAGAUCUGGCGAUGGGUAAGAUGAUGGACCAGGGCCCGGUCCUGAUCAUCACCUUCCAGGCUCAGGUUGUUAUGGUGAUCCGCAGCCCCAAAGGAGACAUUGUGGAAGGAGAUCCGGAGAAGGUGAUGAGGAUGAUGCAUGUUUGGGCGUUGUGUCGUGACCAGGAGGAGCUGAACCCCAACGCAGCCUGGAGACUCCUGGACAUCUCCGCCUCCAGCACGGAGCAGGCCCUCUAGGAGGAGAGCAGGGGGAAAAGGCAGACAUGAGAGACGCGCAAACUGUGAAGGAGGGAAGAGACACAAGGACGUGCCUGGAACACCUGCACGUACUGUCUCUCACACACACAUACAUUUACAUCUGAGGGCAGAGUGCACCCAUUCUCCUGUGUCCUGCCAGAGACUGUGUUUGCGCACAGAGGAUUUAUGUGCACAUGUCAAUCCAUCCCCUCUACGGUGCGAAGACAUACAUGAACAUAGUGAUUCGCUCGGUGUUUGGGUUUCCAGGUGGAGCGUGAACACAGAACACUUAUAUUCAUUUUCAGAUGGAUGGAACCAACUUCUACAACAACUGGCUAAAAGAGGAGUGUGUAUCAUUCCCAUGAUCGUUUCAUCCAGUGGUACGGUCCAUCCACACCGGGCUGGUGGCUGCAUCCAAGAGGAUCGGUGGAAGACGAUCGACAUCACACCUGUGACUUUGCCUGCUGGUCUCGUGAGGGACGACUGAAGCCUCAAACUAGAUUUAAUGUCGCCACUGUCUUUGUCAAAUAAUAUAAACAGGGAAUUAGAAUUUGGGCGGAGGCACGGAGCCUUGUUGCAACAACCAAAAAAGCUAAGUGUCAGCAUGAGAGACCGUGUUAAUCAAGGCAAUCGCGCUUCAAGUUAAAGGGGCACGCCACCAAUUUCACACAUGCAGAUCGGUUUACGUGUCACACAGAGUUUACUCCUGUAUGUUGUCAUCUGUGGUUCUGAAGGGAGUUUAUUAAAAUCUGAUAAAUUAGCCCUGAUGAUGUCAUCAGUUACCACAGAUUGGACUUCACAUUUUUAACAAAAAGCCUGUGUUACAAAUUUGGGAUGUGGACUUUGAAAGAAAUAAGCAUUUACCACCAGGCAGGAAGGGUCUAACGAAAGAUUGAGUUGCAUUAUGGGAAACACAGGAUUCGUUGUUUUUCAAGCUUGGCCAUUAUUAUAGGAUAAAGGUCAGGUUAUCCAAGCCUGUGGAGCAAUACUAAAUGGCUGGAGUACAACUUGAAGGCUUAAAGUGCAAAUUGUACUUUAAGUGUCUGCCUGCCUAUGUCCAUGAGGAUCUGCCAACUAAAGUGUGAAUACUUUGCCUAUGCAGUCGCCCAAUGUAAUACAAACAGAACGACACAUCCACUGUCAAGAGUAUAUACAUACGGCUCUUUAAUGCCCACUUAACAAAGAAUACCAAUAAAUCCCAUAAGAGAAGGUGAAAUUAACCACUGAGACGGUCUUCAAUGUUUUUAGACUGUAAAUGGUUGAAGUUUUCUUUUUCGAGACCAAAUUACCAAUAAAAUAAAUGACUUCUUAAAGAAGUCUACCAUUGUCGCCAAAAUCCAGCUGUGGUUGUUUCUUCUUGGUUCCUUCUGGCUUUCACGUCAAAACCUUAUUAAAACUUGAGAAGUACAUCAAGUCAGACAGGUUUGAACCAUAGUACAUGUAUGUAAAUGACCUGUGUAGUCGGGGUCCAUGUUGUCGCGUGUACUGUAGCUCAGAGCGCCCAAUGCACCCGUGAAGCCACGAGCAACUGGAGAACACGUGUCCUUGUGUUUUGAAAGGCAGCACAUGUUUUCUCAAGUUGCCGUGCAUCAGGCUCCCAGUCACUGUACAUCCACUCUCAAUAAGAACUGCAUUGUAUCUACAUAUAAAUAUAAGCGCUCAACUCCUUGUAAAUAUAUUAAAUGUUGAGUACUGCUUCUUUGUGAGAGGGACCACAUUCAAAUAUGUCUUUUUGGCAUCUUUAUGGUUUGAUGAUCAUUUGCCAUCUCAUGUUGUAUACUUUCCAGCCGUUUGUUUUACUAAAAAUGUUUGGUUUACUGUUGCUGAAGAUGGAAACUUGAAUGAAUAAGCACAUUACUGUACCCGUUGUGUUGACUGACAUGUUUACUGUGUGACCAGGUGGGUCUCUGCUCGCAUGGCCCUGACGAUUGAACCCAUUAUGAUUGUACUGUAACUCUCUUUACUUGACUAUUCAAUUAAUCUACAGAAAAGUCCAUAAUUGUGAAGAGAAGUUGAUAAAUAUAUUUAGUGCCUAGAAUAUACCACCAUCAUUUGAGCAUGUUUUGUUUGGAUAACAGUUCAUUCAUGGCCAAAGCAUGUGAUGUGAGAUGGUGUGAUACAGACUAGAUGUCAUGGUCACACCGUGCUCGAGGAACAUUCCUUCUGUGUAGUGGUUUUGUUCACUCCUGGGGAUGAGAAGAAGCAAGAAUUGGCAAUUCUUUCAAUUAUAAAAGUCAAACAAUAGAUGAGAGGACUCAUUAAGGAGAGACACCCAAGGUGAGCAGGUUAGAAGAUUUAACUAAUGGGUAUCAUACUUACUCAGUCAUUUACUUACAUUAAGACAAUUAUUUAUAUGUAAGUGUUUCAAUAUGCAAAUGAGGUAUUGUCCUAUCAAAUAUGUGCUCAUUUAAAUCAAGUUAAAAAUAGUUGUUUGUCACAAGAGUCCAAUGUUUUUACAGAGGCACUUUUGGAUAUCUCUUUGUAUCACUCCAUGAAUCCUAAAAUACUGCAACAGCCAUUCAAAAAAUAAGCCAAAUUGCCAUGUUUUUAGAAAUAAAAUGCUAUUCAAACCAGUCUAUGAUUGAUAUAUAUAUACAAACCCCUCUGUGAAAAAAAUCUGAAUAUAUUUAGGAUUGAAACUGGAAGGUCUGUUGUGUGUACGAGCUACUGAAGAGAUUUCUGGCUCAGAGAAAACGGCCUUUUUAAAGAUGUGGUUUGUAAAAUCUCAUACAUUUUACAAGACACGA